CCUCUCUCUAUCCAACCCGUCAGCUAAGAAACUCACACGAGACAAUUAAAAUGACCACUGAAAAAGUUGACGUCCUUAUCGUCGGCGGCGGCCCUGCUGGGUUGACAGCUGCCCUCACUCUUGCGCGCCAACUGCACACUGCCAUCCUUUUUGAUAGCCAGUCCUACCGGAAUGGCAAUUCCCCGUUCAUGCAUAUGAUCCCAACCUGGGACCACAAGGACCCCGCCAAGUUUCGAGCUCAGGCCCGUGAGGAAAUCCUGUCCAACUAUUCCACCGUUCGGCUGGAAGAUACAAGCAUUGAAAACGUGGAGAAGGGAGACGAUGGCCUCUUCAGAGUGACAGACGCGAAUGGUCAUGUUUGGCAAGGAAGGAAGUUGAUACUUGCAACUGGAUCCCAGGACAUACUUCCAGAAAUCCCCGGCUAUGCUGAUGCCUGGGGAAAGCGCAUCUUCCACUGCCUCUUCUGCAAGGGAUACGAAGACCGAACCGCAAAACGGGCCGGCGUCCUCGCCAUCCAGUCCGCCGCAAAUGUCCCCAUGGCUAUGCAUCAGGCCGAAAAUGCCGCCCAGCUCGCCUCCCAGGUCACCAUAUAUACCAACGGGGCAGAGGGUCUCGGGUCCCAAUUGACUACCACCCUAUCCAGUCAGGGCAGCAAUACCAUUUUCAAGGUUGACAACCGUCAAAUCACCAGCUUUGCUCUUAGUGGUGAUGACUUGAGCUCCCCAGUCUCUAUUCAGGUACAGCUUGUCGAUGGCAGUCAGGUCGAAGAAGCGUUUCUCGUGCAUAACCCCAACACACAGGUCAAGAGCUCGUUGGCUGCUCAGCUGGGCUUGGACUUUGCGCCCAGUUUCGUUCCCGGGAAUGGUGAUGUAGCUGCCACUGCGCCCUUCCAUCAGACUAGUAUUCGCGGAGUCUUUGCUGCGGGCGACUGCAUCACUCCGUAUAAGGUGGUUGCGGGCGCUAUUUCCAGUGGAUGCAAUGCAGCUGUUGCGGCUUCGGCGCAGUUGCUGGCGGAGAAGUAUGACCAUCAGCCACUGUUUUGAUUAUUUCUUUCCAUUUUCCACUUUUUUUUUUUUUU